CACCGGCACCAUGAAGGACGAGGUGGCUCUUCUGGCCACUGUCACCCUCCUGGGAGUCCUGCUGCAAGCCUACUUCUCCCUGCAGGUGAUCUCAGCGCGCAGGGCCUUCCGCGUGUCGCCGCCGCUCACCACCGGCCCGCCGGAAUUCGAGCGCAUCUACCGAGCCCAAGUGAACUGCAGCGAGUACUUCCCGCUGUUCCUCGCCGCGCUCUGGGUCGCCGGCAUCUUCUUUCACGAAGGUGCGGCGGCGCUGUGUGGCCUGGUCUACCUGUUCGCGCGCCUCCGCUACUUCCAGGGCUACGCGCGCUCUGCGCAGCAGAGGCUGGACCCGCUGUACGCGAGCGCGCGUGCUCUCUGGCUUCUGGUUGCGCUGGCGGCGCUCGGCCUGCUCGCCCACUUCUUUCCCGCCGCGCUGCGCGCCGCGCUCCUUGGACAGCUCCAGAAACUGCUGCAGAAGGCCUGAGACGGAGGACGCCGGGUGGGCGGAGCUGGAGUUGGGCCGGAGCCUCCCAGAGGACGGGGGAGGGUGCUCGCCCCCAUCCCAGCCUCUCAUUAAAGCACCCAUGACAGGACCCCGAGUGCACAAUCUCACAAUCUGGGUGGGAGCGGGUCGCGCGCUGCGGAUUGUAGAGCCCGGAGGGGCUUAGCUUCGGGCCCCAGCCGUCGCGUGGGCUGCCGGGCGGCGGCUUCUCCCGGGCAGGGGCUCGAUCGGCUCCGGGGUCCGGUCCUCUGCCGCCCUGCUCCCAGACGCUGGAGUCACACCCCGGGCCCGCGGGCGCCCUUUCCCGCCGGGGCUCGCCCCACAGCUCCUCCUCCCUGUGGUCAGCGCUUUCUUCGCCUGUCCCCCUCCUACAAGGCCUGCCUCUCCCCUGACCCUCAGCCGCCCUAUUCCUCCUACCCUGGGUUUCACAGCCAACAUGCGGGGCUUUUCUGGGUCGGUACUCGGUCAGCAUGGGUGUUCAGGGCAAACUGUCGCGGCCCGCGGAACGGUAGGAACGACGGCGAGUGUAAUCAGUGCAGUUGUCAUAGGCGCUCUCCAGUAAACAUCGGAGUGUCUAGGGGGACCAAGAUCCGGGCAAGGCCUGCCCGCCAGGAAGUCCCUAAAAGGGUGACUUUCAGCUGAGCAGGCAGAAGAGAGGAGCUUUCAAAGCAGGGCAAAAGCAAAGGCCCUGAGAUGGAUGAGAGACCCUAAAAUGAGGCAGGGACCGGAGGCAGGAGCAGGGCCUCGGAGGCGGUGGACAAGGGCGGGACUGAGACGCACAAGGGCGGACAAGGAGCUGGGGGCAUGCCUUUGGUGAGAGGUGGCUGCAGGUACUUGGGGAGGGAUGAGGGGCGCCAGGAGGCGCGCACAGGGGAGGGUCAUCACGGAAGUGGGGGUGGUUUGGGGGCCUGGACCCAGAUUCUGCACCAGCUCCACCAGCCAGUUACUGACGGGGCGGCCGGGACCCUCCCAGAGACUGGGGGCAAGGUUGUGCGGACGUG